AUGAGUGCAAACAGUCACCAGGGGGAGAGACAGAAACGAGAGGAGACACGUGCGAGCAGAGAGCAGGGACUGGAUUUAACUGCAGUUGAAGCUGUGACCAGAAACCAGACCAAGAGGAGAGCAGCAACUGACCUGAGUGCAGCCGGACAGGUUGAGGUGGAGGAGAUUGUGGCAGCCCUUCCCAGUGGUCAGCUCUUCUAAUUGAAAAGUCAAAGCCUGCAGAGCUGAGGAUGCAUAUGACCUCUAGUCUCCUCUUUGCCUCCCUGCUCCUCCUCCUGCUCCCGAGCAUCGACAUGAAAAGGGCGGGAAAGGGAAGAGGCCUCAAAGGAGCACGACACAAACUCACAGGCGGCCGGUAUGGAUUUAGACUUCAGUCUGAUGUGUUCAGUCCACUUUUCACAGACUCUAAUUAUCCUUUUUUGUCUGUCAGGGUCAGAAGCGCUGGGCGUCACAGCAGAUCAGGCGCCUUCAGGCUUGUGUCACGCAACUGCUCCGAGUCGGCAGAAUCCAGAGACGUCUUUGUGGACUGUCAGGACCGAGGUCUGACCUCCGUUCCCAACGCCCAAACCUGGUCCAAAGCACCCAAGCACCUCCUUCUAGCCAGCAACCGUAUCAAAGUCCUACGUGAGGGGACCUUCUUUGGAUAUGAGAGAUUAUCUACUUUGGACCUGCAGCAGAACCAGAUCUCUUCAAUUGAGAAUGGGGCCUUCCAGGGCCUGGAGAAUCUCAAAACCCUGCUGCUGCAGCACAAUCGUCUGGAAACGCUCACCGAGGAAGCCCUCAUCCCCAUGCCAAACAUCCGCUACCUGCGUUUACACCAUAAUCCCUGGAAUUGUCUGUGCUCGAUGGACAGUCUUAUAAUCACCCUUCAGGUCCCAAGCAACCGUAAUUUAGGAAACCAUGCCAGGUGUGCAGCGCCCCUCAGGCUGAAAGACAGGAAGCUGAAGCAGAUUGAUCCUGAGUUACUCUGUAAGGCGUCCGACCCGACCCGUUUCCCACAGGGCGACCAAACGGGCACCACAGGCCCUUUGGAGCCAGUUCCAUUUCGCGGGAAACCAGAUAUCACCACAUCUUGCCACACCUACCACUUCCCCCAAAUACGAAUUGACUGCAAAAAGCGAGGUCUAACAGAGGUGCCGACAGGUAUCGCAGAGGACGUUGUUCAUAUUGAUCUGUCAAACAAUUUAAUCCGUCAUCUCAGAGCCAAAGAUUUCCAAACAGCGAGGAGCCUCAGAUUCCUGAACCUCAGUAACAACAACAUAGAGCACAUCGACACAGGGUCCCUGUCUGGGCUGCUGCACCUCCAUGAGCUGGACUUGUCACACAACAGCCUCCAUUUUAUCAAGUACGGCGUUCUUGAAGACCUCUACUUCCUGUCACACCUUAAACUGGAAGGGAACCCUUGGGUGUGUGACUACAGCAUCCACUACAUGGUGUACUGGCUGCGUCUGCACCCAAGAGUGAGGCACUCUGGCCUCACCUGUCGCUCCCCUCCUGAACAUACGGGGGAACGGGUGGAGGCCUAUGUGAAAUCCUACUACACAGUGUGUCCAAGGGACAGACAGAGCAGCAGAACAGACCGAGAACAAACAAACCCUGCGCUUUGGGACACGGCGAUGGAGGCGCAAGGAGAGCUGGAGGAGGAGGAGCUGGAGCCCAGCCACUUGAGGGUUCCGCAGAAAUACACAAUCUUCAGACUGUCCUGAAAAUAGAUCCUGGACCCUGAUUGUUUUUGAGUUUCCCUUCCUAUCCUUUCCUUUCAAUAUUAUAAAACAGUCUGUAUCAGAUGGAGAAACUAUAUUUUUCAGUGCUGCUUUUAUGUGUCGUCUGUGUUGUGUAAUCCAAAUAUAAGAUUUGUCAACUUA